AUGAGUAUACAGCUGUUCAAGAAUAGGCAUAAUCUUCUACGUAUCGCCUCCGUUCUCAGCGGUGCAAGUCAUGUAGUCAUCUUCAACUACGACCCAACCCCAAGGAUUGUUAAACCAAGUGAUGAGACCGACCCUGUGGGUUACGACCUUGGCGCUGGACUAUCGCUUCUCCUCAGCCGCCGUCAAAUCUGCCUUAAAGAGGCCGCUAUUAUUUAUGUUAAAAGUGUCUUUGGCUCCAAAUAUGAACUGCUCAGUGAAGUAGCUAUCAGCGGAUUACCACUCCGCUUAGUUAUGAGAAUCCCAGUAUCGGAGUAUAACAUCAAGUUUGGUGGUAGUGUAGCCGAAGCUCCCGGUGGAAAUGCAAGACCUUCGGACUUAGGGUUUAAUGUUGCCACCUUGAAUAGGAUCCUGUUAUCCUCGGAAAUAAUCAAUAUGCAACUCAAGAAAUUCGCCGCAUUAAUCUUGUCCACUUCGCUAAUUGGCACCUAG